CGAAAAGUCCCGAACUUCAUUUGCCGAACUGUGAUCGUUGUGUCAACCAAGAUGGCGGCGAUCGUAUUUUGACAUUUUUACAAAUUUCAAUUUUAAUUUUGCUUUUAUUCCUUAUUAUAGAUUUUGUAUGAACUAACCUUAAGUCCAUGGGUUUUAUAAAGGCUACCUUUUUAUAUAUAUUCAAUGGAAACGGUUAAAGAUAGUAGCAUGGCUACUGAGAUAGAUGAUUCAGUUCUCCAAGAUUUGUACAACUGGGUCGAUCAGAUUCCACUAUCAAGACCAAAGAAAAAUCUGGCAAGAGACUUCUCUGAUGGAGUUAUGUGUGCAGAAGUUGUCAAACAUUUCUUCCCUCGCUAUGUUGAGAUCCACAACUACGCCCCAGCCAGUUCACUGGAAAACAAGAUGACCAACUGGCGACUCCUCAACAGGAAAGUCUUCAAGAAAUUGUCAUUUGAACUAAACGAUGAUGUUAUUCGUGCAAUCGCGACAUGCAAGGCAUGGACAAUAGAGCGUGUGCUCUUGAUGCUACGUACUAAGAUAGAUCGCGCAGUCUAUGACCAACAACGGGCCAAAGAGAAUGUUAUGCAUCACAUGGGGAGUGAUAAACCAGAAGCUGAUCAGAACACAGGAAAUGCUAAAGGUGGUGGUGGCAGUCCAUACUUGAAACAGCCUGCAAAGAGAAGAACUUCAGAUCCUAAAGGGCCAAGUAUGAAGACUACAGUACACAAUGUUGGUGGUGCUAGCAGUGCUGAUGUGGUGCCAAGGAUGGUGUUCGAAGAGAAAGAACAAGAAUGUCUGGCUAAAGAGGAAACAAUACAGAUAUUACAGGCCAAGAUAAGGCGGUUAGAACAUUUAAUACACUUGAAAGAUGUACGCAUAGAUGACCUGCAGCAGAAAAUGGAACAUUUGAGACCAACUGGGGGAAGACGGUGAUUUAUACUAAAAGUAUGCAACACUUACAGGGAAACCAGGUUAAGUGGAACACCCCUAGAACUGGAACACCUCUGUCAGUGGAACACUUUUCAGAAUCCCA